AUGUGUAACCAGUACAUUAUCAAGUACAUCUGCGGCCACACUUACAAGCUAAGUCGUGUGUGCGAAUGCUCAGAAGCUAAUCCAAAAAUUGAAACGGGCGACUCCAAACAUCCGUGUGGAUCCCCAGAAUGUUUAUUGUCUCUCGACAAAACCCUUCUUCCACCAGUCAACCUCUCACUUUUUGAAAGCAGAGAGGAAGCCCUCGCUCUUGCUUCUAGGAUUGAAUCUCGUGCAGAAGAGUUCCUGAAGACUCCUCUCACGACACCCCAAAAAGAAAACUGGGAUAGUCUUUCUAGCGAUGCUAAGAUCUUUCGAGAGACCGGUGGGAUCAAUCGGGAAUCGUCGACAUACGUCAGGCAUGCAUUAGUGGCUUUGGAGGUGUAUUUUGCAGAUAACGAGAUAGUCCCAGGUAAGCUGGUGGACUUGUUUGGUUUGCUCAGUAGAGUUGCUAUCCACUACGAGAUGUUUGGCCUCAGCAAUCUUGUUGAGUCUAAUUCAAGGCUUCCUCAUGUGGCCAAAAUGGUACCUCUCCCUGAAGUUGACCCUAGUGCGACUUGUGACAUCUGUUACAAUCCAUUUAAGGGCUCCCAAAUGAUAAAGGACGUUAAGUACAACAGGGCUACCAUUUCGUACUGUAACCAUACAUUCUGCGAUGCAUGUUUCAGUCACGUCUUAUUUCAACCUCGCCCACGUUGUCCCAUGUGCAGGACGUCUUGGGAGCAGGAUGUAUGUAUUUGGCCAAUGGUCCGUUUGCGAGACCCGCAACUAGCAAUUUUUGAGCAAGCUUUGGCCAAACUGGUUUCUGAGUGA